CAUAUAAUCGUGCAGCCAAUCGGAGCAUAUAGAUAGGACGUCAAUUACGUUAGAUAUUUGACUGUAGCGAUUGUUCAUAUUAUAGUCAUUGUCUCAGUCCUCAUAGUGAAAAAACACGGAGCCUUGUUGAUGGACUAGAGCUGAUAAAAGAUUAGUGCGACAGUAUUAUUUGAUCCUCCGCAUGAAAAACAUCUCCUCGACGAUAAGGAGACCUCAGUACUUGGGAGUGAGCUAAUUGAAUCAAUUCAACGAUCGUCUUCCGUUUAUUAGGUACAUCUCUGGAAAGUGCAUGUGAUUGUGUUCAAUCGCAAUGUUUUGAGUGAUGGUGAUGUGGACAAAAAAGUGUGAUAUUCGAUGAUUGUGAAUCCAUACUCAGAGGAGAAAAAAUGAACAGAAUACACUUAUGUAUAAUAGCGGUCUGCAGUUAUGCUGUGUCUGCAAAACAGAUGACGGAUCUCGAGGCACUUGCAUCCGCUCCAACGAGAUGCACCUACGAAUAUGCCUUCGACAUGUAUGGAGCACAUUGCGCUGGACUCAGAUUGAAUAAAAUACCGAGUCUCAGAGGUGGAAUUGAGAUCCUCGACUUCAGUGACAAUAAACUGCAAGAAAUUCACGACGACACAUUGUCUUCGUACAGCAGUAUCAAAUUCCUGUAUUUGUCAGAAAACCAAAUUUAUUCCAUUGAAGAAAAUGCUUUCUUUUACCUUUCUAAUCUCCAAACCUUAGAUCUGUCUAAAAAUGUAAUCUUGGCUCUGCCGGAAUCCAUUUUCCAUUUAUCGUCUUUACGAAAGUUAUAUUUAAAUGGGAAUCCUUUACUGCAUUUGCAUUUCACCAAUCUUAAAUUGAGCAAACCUAUUCAGGCUCCAAUCGAACUCUUGGAUAUUUCUGAGUGUAAGAUCAAAGUAUUGCCAGAAUGGGGGAUUUUACCACAAUUAAUUCUAUACAACAUCUCAAAUAACCCAUUGACAUCUAUAGAUGCUUUACACUUUAGUUCAAUGUGUAAGUUAGCCAAGGUAGAUCUCACAAAAUCUAUAGACAACUUAAAGCUAUGCGACUUGAGAAUGACAAUAACGUGGUUCCAAGAAAAGAAGGUCUAUUUCCAGUUGGAUGACUACAGUAAAUUAAAUUCUAGAGAAUUCGAGAACUGUCGCAAGGAAGAAAUACCCGCAAAUCUAAACGCAACUUAUCAUGAAUGUCGCAGUUUGUACAGACAGGAACAAAGUAGAAGAACGUCUCGUCGUACUUGGCUAACCAUAGCGGGUGGGUUGGCGGGUUUCCUUGUAGGCUUUGUGUUACUGCUAUACGUUAUGCAUAGACAUAAUGUAUCGCAGACAAAACGAGCUGACAAGGUAACCAAGAAAAUCCCACCAGAUGGCGAUAGACAAGCGUCUGCGGUUCUACUCAAUAAUGUAGCAUAGACAAUAUUCUGUUAUCUAUGCAUGCAAAUCUUUUUUAUGGUUUAAAUUAACCGACACAAUAUUUUAUAUCUACCCACCAUAACACGUAGAAGUUAAUAUUGAGAAUUCAAAAACAUUUGUAAUAAGAUGUGCUAUAUUUUUGGAGUUAAUAAAUUCUUUUGAUUAAAUUUAAAAGGCCAAACAAAUGAAACGUGAAAUAUAAAACGUGCGAGUUCGAAAAAUGUUUAAGUCUUAUUAUUAGAUUAAAACUGUAUUAAAAAAAUAUUUUGAGGCUUUUGAAGGCUGACUAGUUUAUACUACAAGUGGUAAUAAUCAUUUUAAUGUUGUGUUAGAUGUUUGGAUGAUGCAAUUAUUGACUACAUAUGUUUGUGUUUUCAAUAUACCUAUUGUUUAAUGUUUAAAAUACAUACCUACAUUACCUACUAUAUUAAUUAAAUAAGAGGAAUCUCCAGCCAUGUUAAGAUAAUUUGACGAAAUAAUAUUUGAAUACCCGAAAAACAAUUGAAUUAAGAAUAGGACUUCAAUAGCGUAUAAUAAUAUAUAGAUUAUUUCAGAAUUGAACGUUAACGUUAACUGUAAAUUUUUUUUAAGUAUAUUUAAGUAAGUAAGUACCUACCCAAAAUUGGUUGUAAGUAAUUAAUUAUUUCCUUGAGAGGCAUCAAGGGCAAGGUUAUUUCCUUCAUUAUUGUUAUUAAAAAAAUUAUGUUAAUUAUUUGUAUUGUGUAUAACACGUACAAAGUAAGUUGGAUUUGAAGUAAAAUAUAGUCACAACAUAGACGUAGUCAAUAAACAUUGUUAGAUUUUAUUAGGCGAGUGUUAGUGAUUUAAAUUUAAAAAUUAGAGGCAAAUUAUUAUACAUGGGCCAACAUUAUGUUUUUUGUGUAUUGUGUAAUAAUUAAUAAUAAAUAUUAUAUGAAUAAAGUAAGUAAAAAAAAAGUGUCCCGUAGGCCUUAAUUAGAAGAUCAAUAGACACUGCCUCUUUCUUAAAUUACGGUUUUUUUCAAAAUAAAGCUAAUUUUAAGAAAAAUUGUAUCUACGCUUUCUUUUGCUGAUUGCCAAAGAGGAGAUAUCUAUGUGCCUUAUGUAUGUUUAUGCCAAAGAUAUUAGUUGUAAGACGUUGUAAUUCGAUUUUAAUACACAGUAAUAAAAAUAUUUACACGCUUAACUGACGUGUAUAUUACCAGGUAUGUGUUACUAAAUUCUGUGAUACCUAAAAUUGUAGCAAUGAUUAAAUUUAUUUUAUAUAA